AUGGUUCGCGAACAAGAACCACCUCGUAACCCUCUCGCCCCCUCCAUGGCCAAUACCGCGCCCCCACCAAAGCCUCAAGACAAGGGCAAGACAGUCACUCAAGCCAGUGGUCAUCAGAAUGACACUUACUCAAACCUUUUUGUCCCUGCGAAGAAGCCUGCAUACCGUCCAGAGUUGCAUAGGCCACACUUUGUGACCAACCCCCUACAAGCAUUUCGAGAUUUCAAGUCUGGUGGCCAGCAGUCCCAAGCAGCGCCUGCAUCUACACCCAAACCAUCCGAUGAUCACGACGAUGGUUUCUAUGAAAUUCCCAAGCCGACCAACUUCCCUACAUGGACCCAUAAGCCCGCCUCUCAGCCUACCUUUUCGUCGCACACCUCCACGAAUCCCUACUAUAAGGCUCAAAAUCUGAUUGACCUAACGCUAGAGAAAACUGGGCAUGCUACAAAUCGCAGUACUUUCGAACAGUCGGAGAUUUACUCGUCAUCAGAUCCGUACACCUAUGUCGACGCGGCAAAGGCCAAUGAGAACAUCAAAGCCCUGCUUGAAGGUGCCUUCGAAGACGAAGAAGAUCAGCCCCGCACACGGAGGCGAAAGAAGGCACUGGAGAGUAAACUCGACGACUUGGCCAGCAAAUUGAAGUCUCUGGAUGUCAAGGCUGGAGAUGAUCGUGAAGCGGCAAAAGUUGAAGAAGAUGAAGACGAUGAGGACGAGGACGAAGAUGAUGGCACUGUCACCGGUUUGAAAGUCAAACUACUCCCUCAUCAGAUCGAUGGCGUUGACUGGAUGCAUGACAAAGAGACUGGUACCAAGAAAACCAGAGGAGUCUUGCCCAAGGGCGGGAUUCUCGCGGACGACAUGGGUCUGGGCAAGACUAUCCAAUCGAUUGCAUUAAUGUUGACGAAUCCGAAACCUAGCCAAGAAGAACUCGCAAAGAGCAAGCGCAAAUUAGCUGAAGGCGUUGGUAAGGGCACACUUGUCGUGGCGCCGCUAGCUUUGAUCAAGCAGUGGGAAGGCGAGAUCAAGGACCGGAUUGAAAAAGAUCAUGCCCUAAAAGUUUGUGUGCACCAUGGGCCCGGGAGAGCAAAAAGCUACAAGGAUUUGAUGAAGUACGACGUGGUGAUCACUACUUAUCAGACUCUCUCGUCAGAACAUGCUGGAUCUGAAGGCAGUCUCAAAGUAGGAUGUUUUGGUAUACAUUGGUAUCGGAUCAUCCUCGAUGAGGCACAUUCAAUCAAAAACCGCAAUGCGAAAGCGACCAAGGCCGCUUGUGCAUUGGAAUCUGAGUAUCGAUGGUGUCUGACCGGAACGCCGAUGCAGAACAACCUUGAUGAAUUGCAGAGUCUGAUCCAUUUCUUGCGAAUUAAACCUUUUGACGACUUGAAUACCUGGCGUGAGCAGAUCACCAAACCUAUGAACAACGGGAAAGGAGGACUUGCUCUUAGGCGGUUACAAGUCUAUCUCAAGGCAUUCAUGAAACGAAGAACCAAAGAUAUCUUGAAGCACGACGGGGCUUUAAAUUCUGGCAAAGGAAAAGAAGGUACAAACUCCAAAGGUCCAGGCUUCAAGAUCGUGGCUCGGACGGUGGAGAAAAUCGAAGCGGAAUUCACAGAGCAAGAGCGCGAAUUCUACUCCAGGUUAGAAUCCCGAACAGAUCGAAGUCUUGAAGCCAUGAUGGCAGGGAACAAGAUGAGCUAUGCCUCGGCAUUAGUUCUUCUCUUGCGUUUGCGACAAGCCUGCAACCAUCCCAAGCUGACUGGUUCCGACCUAUCCAACGAAAAGGAUGCAGUCAUGGGAAGCCAGACGCCUGGUCGAGCAAAGUCGAGUGUCGAUGAUGACAUGGAAUCCAUCGCGAACAUGCUCGGUGGCUUGACUGUAGAGACAAAAAGAUGUGAUAUGUGCCAAAUAGAGUUGACGACGGUUGAAGCUUCCGGCGGUGCCAUCCGGUGUGGUGAGUGUGAAGCGGACCUCCAAGAGCAAAAUGUCAAGGCGAAAACCAGUCAAAAAGAGAAACGAGACAAGCGAGCAAAGCAGGAGCGGAAGGCAAUCUCAGCCCAGCGCAAACAAGCCCGCCGGGUCGUUGUUGACAGUGAUGAUGAGGAAGAAGAUGAUGAUGAUGACGAGACUUCAGACGACGAUUCCUCCUCUGACGAUUCAGGCACUUUUGCUGAGAACAACGUCGUGCAAUCCACAAAGAUUCGUCAACUCAUGAAGGUUUUGAAGGAAGACUCACAUAUUCACAAGUAUAUUGUGUUCUCCUUUUUCACCUCCAUGCUUGACCUGAUCGAGCCGUUUUUGAAAUCCAGUCGGAUUCGGUACGUGCGAUAUGACGGCCAAAUGCGCAACGACGCCCGUGAAGCCAGUCUCAACUCACUCCGGAGUGAUCCAUCAACGCGCGUACUACUUUGCAGUCUACGGGCAGGGUCGUUAGGCUUGAAUCUCACAGCCGCCAGUCGAGUUGUGAUUUUGGAACCCUUCUGGAACCCCUUUGUCGAAGAGCAAGCCAUCGACCGUGUCCAUCGACUAAAUCAGACGACGGAUGUGAAGGUCUACAAGUUCACCAUCAAGGAUACAGUUGAAGAGCGGAUCCUGGAUCUUCAAGAGAAGAAGCGUGAAUUGGCCAAUGCUACGAUCGAGGGCAAGAAGGGUGGCAUGAAACUGUCGUUGCAGGACAUGCUGAAGCUGUUUUCGCACAAUGCCGAACGAGAUCAUCCAAUCAAUGUCAACGAACUCGGAAGGCCUGGACCGGACAGUCGUGGCACGCGGGGCCGAGGAUUGUUGGACAAUACCGGUACCGGCUCUGGUUACUCCUCUACCACUGGCGCUGCCAUGAACAACGUCCCCCGAACUUCGACCAUGUCAUCCACCACCUCGUCCUCUUCUGGCGCUCCUCCCGUUUCAAGAGACAAGGAUAAGGAUAAGGACAAAGGACGUUAUGGCCCACAGAAAAAGCCUUUGAGAAAUGAAUAUGAGAUGUACGGCCGGAGGUGGUGA